AUGCCGCUUGCCUCCCUCAGACACGUAUUCUCACCUGAGAAGAAGGCUCGCGAUGCCCGUAAGGCUGAGCGAGAGGCGGAGAAGGAGGCACGCCGGCGGAUGAAGGAAGAAGACGCGGCCUUAAUUAAGUCAGAGCUUGAGGUGCGUAAAGUCGUCUACGAUGAUGAAAAGGAGCACCGUCGGAUCUUGAAAGACACGGAGCGUGACGCACGAAAGGCGGAAAAGGAAGCUGAAAGGGAAGCACGUCGAAAGGCGCGGGAGGAGGAGCAGGAGUCCGAAAAGGAAGCGAGGCAGAAAGCACGCGAGCUAGAGAAGGCAGUUCUUAAAGUGCCGAAAGAGGCCUCGAACAGCCUCGCUCUUUUUGGUUUCCUGAGCAGCACUGUCAAGGUGGAGAGCAACAAGAACAGGUUAUUCUCCCUGUUUGUCCAGGACAAACGCGUUGCUCCUGCUGCGCUGCAAUUUUGGAUGAGGGCGGAAGAAAAAUUUUCGGGCAAUACGGAGGAGGCCUCGGUUGUGAACCUUUCCUCUCACGCGAUGCAGGGCGGCGCACGGCGAGACCCAGAGAAUAGCAGGAAUCACAUGAUGGAAAAAGAGUCCUCUCUGCUUCACCCGCCCAUGCACUUCGAUGAAGGCGCGCCUUCGAAGGCGAAGGUGUGUGUGCGCGACUUCAACGCCAUGAUUGAGGCUUCAAAUGCGCAAGAGGUGCCACUGCGCGACCUCUUGCGCCAGUGUGGCUGCGCUUUCCACACGGUCGUUUGCGACCCAUACGCGUCGUUCGACAACGAGGUCGUGUUCGCUGGUUUCUUCGCCAUCGGGUACAAUCCGUGCCAGUCCCGUCCGCCCUACUUCGGCACCUACAACCAUUUGCAGGAGGGCAACUUGAACGAGGUGGAGCUGCUGCAGAUGGGUCGGUUUCCGCUGCGGCGCGGCAUUCCUCGCUUGUCAAACAUCGAUUACGAGUACGACUCGGGCGAUGACUGGGACGUCAUGGAGGGUGAUGAGGAUAUCGCCGCGUCUUCUUCGAGUGACUCAGACAAGGACGCUGACUUGGACUCUCUCGACAGCAGCGACUUAGAGUUCAUCAACGACGACGAAGAGGACUCCGACUACGACAUCCAGCACAAAAUUAUGGAGGCACGGCAGCGUCGCCUCUGGCGACUGCGCAACAAAAACAAACUCGUGCCGUCCUACAGUGGACCGUUUGUUGGGAUUCCCACCGAUGAGCACCCACUUCGAGGCUUUGACGAGUUAGAGCGCUUUGCCUCUCUAAACGCGACGUACUUCGCUAAGCUCUUGGAGAAUGAGCUGAGCGCAUUCGCAAGCGGGCGUGCUGACAUCCCGGCUAGUGGGGACGAGGGCCUGAGCGUGGAGGAGAGGGAGGCAAAGCGGCAGCGUGCCUUGAUGGAGGCCGCACUGAAGAACCGACGCGAAAUGACGGAUACGGAGCUCAAGGCACUGCACACAAUCGUUGCAGCCAACAGCAAAGUUUCGACCAGGAUGAUACUCGAUGCCUUGAAGCAGCAGCAGCUCUGCGUCGGAGUCGCGAGGGCCGAGAUUGAGCGGACCAUCAGGCGCUUCUACGAGCGACGUCACCGUUCGCUCGUCCUGCGGGAUGAGCCGUGGUCUCCCACUGAUGAGCGGCUCUUUGUACGCGUUGCCUCUUCGAAGCCGAAGCCUCUGGGGGACGGCAGCACCAGAGCCAGGACAGGUGACUGGACGGGCAAAAAUGAGGAUGAAGGCGAGGAUGCGGACAAUGACACUGAUAACAACGACAUCGCAGAGGCCUCAGUUGAACGUGCUGCUGAGACCGCUGAUGACGCUUCUGCCAAGGUAGGUGAAUCCGGCAAUGGGACUGAGCAGGCGCCUGUGACACUGUCGGAGGCUGUCGAAGAGACGGGACACCCGAGGCCGUCUCCGCCUAGCUCAGGCGAGGCGAAGGCGGAGACUGCGGCCCCCAGGACGAAGCAGAUUACUCUCAGGGAGUUGUUGCCGAAAGCAAGCGCUUCGACCUAUGUCAACGUGGCGAAGCGGCCGCGCGAGGACAACCAGACGGAGGAUCAAGGCUGCGGCGUCACCACUGCUACCGGGGAGUGA